UUCAGUGACAGUGACGGCUCUUGCGAACAAAUGUUUUCAAAAAGAAUUGCAAACAAAAAUAAUUGAAAUUAAUUAAAUUAAACACAUUUGAUAUCAAUUUAUUAUGUUUAAUAUCGCUUUUCUGGCAGAUAUAAACGUUGCGAAAGUUUAAGUAAAUCCUCCAUGACGUAAACUAUAAAUAAAAACAGAUGAAAGUGAAACACGGUUACUACGAUGUUUUUGUUCGAACUUGUGCAAAAAGUCCGUCUAAUAUCGCCGUAAGACACUUCUACAAUGGCUCCUACAAGACCUACACUUACUCUGAGUUAUAUGGCGUCUGCGAGUACAUCUCGCAGAACAUGCAGCAGUUGCAAUGCAGCAAGGGCAUCAUCGGCUUGGUGUCCGAGAGAAAUGUUAUCAUUCCCUGUGUUAUUGCGGCGGCCCACAAAUGCUCUACUACCUUUAUGUUCCUGGACCCAACGCAGGAUAUAGAAAACCUCACCAAAAAAGUCAAAUUCAAAGUGGUCAUAACUGUCCAAAGUAAAGAUGAGGGAACCACUUCUCAAUUUUUCAACAAGGAGCCUGAGAAGACUGUAGAUGUAUUUGAUUUAAAGAUAAAUUUUUAUAAUUUUGAAUAUGAAUCAAACAGCCAUCAUGUACCUGAAUACUCUUUCAUUACCAUGACAUCUGGUAGCACUGGCCAACCGAAGCACAUCCAGGUGCCCAUUCAGUGCAUUCAGCCAAAUGUUGAUGAUUUAACUAAAUUAUUUGAGAUAACCCCUCAAGAUAUAAUAUAUUUCUCAACUCCGCUAACAUUUGACCCGUCCAUGAUAGAGAUUUUACUGGCCUGUAUCAAUGGAGCUUCCUUACUCAUUGCACCAGAAAAAGCUGAUAUAUUAUUUCCUAAUAAUCCUCAAAAUUCUAUAACUUUUUGGCAAGUCACACCUUCAAAAUUUUUUCAAUUUUCUAAUGCUGAUAUUAAAAAUAAGAUACUAGGUGAAAAUUCGACAUUAAGAAUAUUAGCUUUUGGAGGAGAACCUUUGAAUGGUGUAAAAAGGUUAAAAGAAUUAAAACAUUGGGACAACAAAACGAAAUUAUUUACCUUGUAUGGAGUAUCAGAGAUGUCUUGCUGGGCAUGUGUGGCCCAACUGGAUCUCAACCGAAUACUGUCAGACAAAGAAGUGCCACUUGGGGAAUGCCUGUCAGAGACACAGAUAGUGGUAGAUCCUGAGAAAGAUGAUAAAAAUAAAGGAAAAAUAUUAUUAGUUAGCAAAACAAGAAAAUGUGUUAUUCUAAACUCAUCACAAGGUGUUGAAGAAGAAAAUUCAUUGAGGUUCAUUGAUACGGGAGACAUGGCUGAAAUAAAAAAUGGCACAAUAUUUUACAGAGGCAGAAAAGAUGACGUCGUAAAAAGAUUUGGUCAUAAAAUUAAUUUACAAUUUAUUGAAGCAACUAUAAUGCAAUGCCCAAGAAUAAAGACCUGCUCAUGCAUUUGGCUUCCCAAACCGAGACUUUUGGUAUUAUACUUCUCCUCAGAAACUAUGAGUAGUCAGGAGGUGUCAGAUUUCCUCAAAUGUAAACUAGACGAUAAACACUGGCCAGACAGAAUAAUAAAAGUCAACAACUUGCCAACAAAUCCACAUGGAAAAAUAUCUAAGCUGAUUAUAUCUAAGCUGUAUGAGAACAUGGUGAAGGCGCCACAGACUUCAAGCUCCCUGAGGUCCAGCUUUAUGAAAGAAGCACAGAGUGUACUCAGUGCAAGUCUUGUAUAUAAUGACAUUAAAAAUAAGGAUUUUUUUGCAAUUGGUGGAACAUCAUUCUUGGCUGUGGCAAUGUGCAACAAACUGUCUCAAACUUGUCCAAAGUUUGGCCAGUUGAUUCUUCCAUAUCUCAUGUCCCAAAGGAUGAGUAUAGAGGAGAUAAUGCAGAUUGCCGAAAAGGAAAUAUGUGUUACUGACAAAAAACCAAAGAGAAGAACCAAACGGUCCAAAUCUGAUGCUAUCAGCCAAAUCACCCCAAGUCAGUCAUUCAAGAAAGCGUACCUUGAAGAAGUAGGAGACCCAGUAGAAUUUGUUGUCUUGUGGACAUAUGACACGGGAAAAUGUGUUGAUGCAUCACCAGUCUUGUAUCAAACAGGCGUGAACCUGUAUGUGGUGGUGGGCAGCCACUCGGGCCGGCUGAUCGUGGUGGACGCGAUCGCGGGCGCGCUGCGCGGCACCGUGGCCGUGAGGGCGCGCAUCGAGGCCUCCGUGCUCUGCUUCCAGGCGCCCUCUAUGCCGGCUAUGGCCGUGGUGGGCGCAUACGACGGCACAGUUGUCUGCUUCACCCUCGAGACCUGCAAGGAGGCGUGGAAGAUCGGCAUCAACGCGAUGGUCAAAAGCAAAGCGGCGUGCUGCAACAACAUGAUCUACGUGGCCGCCUAUGAUGGGAAGAUUCGGUGUAUUGAUAUGAUGACAGGCGAGCUCAGAGAAGUGAUCGACAUCGUCGACCAAGCUAUAUCCGCGGACCUGGUGGUAGCCAAGAACGAGUUCGUGCUAGUGGGCACUCUCUCCGGCGUGUGCGCAUGCGUGCACGCGCCCACCAACACGGUGGCGUGGCGCGGCGCGCUCGCCAGCCCCGUGUUCGCGAGCCCCGUGCUCUACGACAACGACAAAUAUGUCGUAUUUGCAGAGGUCAACGGAGAGUUGCAUUGCCGGACUGUGGAGAAGGGAAUUAAGAUUUGGAAAUACCAAGGUGCCAAAGGAAAUAUUUUCUCGUCUCUGUACAUCAGGGAAGUCGACAAACUGAAAUGGCAAAUGAUAUUCGGGUGUCACGACUGCUACGUGUACAGUAUCAUUAUCAAGAAUUUCCAGCCGACGCUGAACUGGAAGACAGAAUUGCCAUCACCCGUAUAUUCCACGCCUUGUGGCUUGAAUGAAAAAUUGAUUCUUGCUGCGGCGACCAACGGCAAGAUAUGCGCCUUGGACAGCGAUAGUGGCGCCAUAGUUGCAGAACACAUACUACCAAAUGAAACUUUCUCAUCCCCUGCUAUAUAUGGAGAUUACAUAUUUAUUGGCUGCAGAGAUGACAACCUGUACUCUUUGAAAUAUGUUGUGAACUUUUAAAUUGUUUAUUAAUUGUGGUAUAUUUGCAAAAAUUAUCUCAUGUCCAGUCACUGAUAUUUAUUAACAGAUGUGAAAUAAAACAAUUUUAAUAUUAUAUUGUAACUUUAUUCAUGAUCUUACACAAAACAUAUACAUGUAGUGAGCAUUUGUAAUUAAAUUUGACAUUUAUUACAAAUAUGAUAUGGUUACAGGAUCAAUGUACCACAUGGAAUGUCAAUCCAAACAAAUGAGCCUGUCACUUGUGCAGAUCACUCUCAUAGCUCAGUAUACUUAAAAAUAAUAAAAGCAAUCUUGAAUGUUCAAUAAUUUCCUUUAAAGAAUAAUCUUAUGUUUGACACAUUUUUUGUAAUAAUAAAACUUGUAGAACAUUUGCACAUAUACAUUAUAUCAUCUAAUGCCAAUACAUCUUAGCUCUUAAAUCUUUACCCAGAAUCCCUAAAACAUAGAUAUUGUAUAAUAAUUGUUGCCAGAACAGUUGUUUGUAAAUAAUAUUUAAAAUUAACAAGCAAUGUACAUAUAUAAUUACUGGGGGCAUUUUAUUUAUUGUUCCUCUUCUCCCAGCUCCACCUUAACC